UUAGCAUUCGAUAUGAACGAAGGCAACUUUGCGCUCCAACUUCAACUACGACUAGUGGCAUUUGGUGUUCUUCUCAUAAUCACAGGCCCCAGUAGUAUUUGUGGCAAUGCGGCCAUUAUUACGAGCGUAAAUUAUGCCUUUGAGACAUUUAGUCCAUAUGCCCUUAUAAGGUUCUUUGAGUUCAGCGAUAGGGAAUGGAAUAUAACACAGACAUGUUUCAGGGACAUGUAUGUCUAUGUCCAGGGACUACGCAAUGGUGAAUAUUGGGCUGUGAAAUUAUAUGAUGCCACCAGUUAUUAUGCGGGGGCAGCAUUUUCCGGUACCACGGUGCGCUUGCAUAAUCCAAAUUUGUGUCGUUUUCUAUCGCAACAACAUAACGACAUUCAAUUGCAGUAUACGAAUCCUAAUUACAAGCUAUUUGCUUUGCCUUUUGAUGUUCAUUUGAUAUCAGGACAUUUUCUAAUGGAGGUUGGUUAUGACAACUAUUUUCGGUUUGAAAAAGUCCAACAAAUGAUAUGCUUUCCGAAAUCAUGCACCAAUACCGAUCUGGAGCAGAUUUUUGAAGUUUAUCUAUUCCAAACAACUAACUUUGUACGGAACGUUACCUAUGUGAGGCAUCGCAUUGUCACCGAGAAAUAUCGAAUAUACGAAGACUUUAAUUUUUAUAUUUUGGUGAUCAUGAUAUUUGGAUCCCUACUCAUUCACUUGACAGUUCAUUUGUUGAGGAAAUACAUGAUACAAGCCAGUCGGUCAAAUGUAUGCCAAAAUUCAGCUGGAAACAUGGAGGACAAACUCUCACAGGGCAGUAAGCCUUCGCCGGAUAACAUUUUAAUAAAUCUAGGCGAAUGGAAAAGCACCCUGGGCAGUGUGGAUUUGAAACAAUUUACGAUGGCUCGCAUAUCUCGAACUGAACCAGAAAAUACUCCCAUCCAACUUCCUAGCCAAUCCUCCCUUUACUUUGAAGAACUCUUGGAUUCCAUGUCCCUAUCCAAUGUGAUUUACAAUUUGAUACAGUCCACUUCGACUCCUUUAUGUGGCAUGAUGUUUAUAUUUUCCCUGACUUUCAUCCUAUUGCAUUUGAUCAAUGAGUACAGCUUCCUUUCGAAUAAUUUGGAUUUGGGAAUGAUACAAAACAGAGUCAAACAACGAGACGUCUUUUUGAAACGUUCGAUAUUUCUAAUGGAUAUUUAUUUUCUAAUCAAUGGAGCUAAUCUUUCCUAUCACUUCUUUAGCACAUUGCCAAAGGAUAAAUUAUAUGCUUUUGGCCAAUUAAAGCAUGUCCUGAAAUUGAUUAUAUACAAAAUUGUUGGUCUAACACCUUCUUACACCUUUGCUCUUUAUGCCUCGCUGCUUUUGGAUAAAUACUUCUUUUACAAUAUAGCUUUGGAAAUACCCUCUAGGGAUUACAAGAAUUGUGCCCAAAAUCAAAUAUUUAAUAUAUUUUAUAUGGAUACCUUGUUUCCCUUAACGGAAAGGUGCAUGCCUUGGACUUGGUUUAUAGCUUUGAAAAUGCAAUUCUACAUGGGCUCCUGUUUGCUGAUGCUAUUGGUGAAACUACAAUUUUACUAUGCCAUGAUAAUGGGAGCCUCAAUAGUUCUGUUUUCCACAGUUGCUGCUAGUCUAUGGAUUUGGGGCACCACGCAUCAUUAUGGUUACACCACUACUUUAUUGUAUGACUUGACCCAAUUCAAUUUGGUCUUGGAUAAUAUUUGCCUCUUUGUCAUUCCCUAUAUGUUGGGUGUGUAUUUGGGUCACACCAUUCACAGGACAAAUCAUAAUUUGCAAUUGAAUUUGUUUUUCUUCAUAGCAGGUUGGCUUUUGGUGGUUAGCCUCUUAGUGUUCUAUGUGUACGGCACCCAUUUGUUAACUUUGCAUUUUGGUAAAUGGUUGAGAGCCCUGUUUGCUGUAUUGACACAUUUGGUUUGGAACUGUAUUAUAUUUUGGACCAUCAUUAGUGCCUUAUCCAAUUAUGGAGAUUUUAUCUAUAAACUCUUGAGCUUCAAGUAUGCCAAUGCCCUGGAAAAACUCACACCCAUCAAUGUGCUCAUUGCUCCGGUGAUUAUUCGUAUAAUACUGUUUACGGGCGAUGUACCAAUCUUUUGGUCAUCUGGCCAAAUUAUUUCAAUGUUUAUGGGCUGUUUGUUGGCUACCUACAUUUGUUCACUGGCCAUUUACGUUUUAUUGGAUGGACCACUCAUGGCUGCACUUGAAAGUUUACUUGCCAUUCGCAGGGCGUAAAAGAUGUUUUGAAGUUUUGUGGACUUUUAUUGAGUAGGGAAAUAGCUACCGUUUUGAGGGAUUGUGUAAAAUAUUCAUUAUUAUCAUCAAAUGCAAUAUUGCCAUUGGUAAUUCCCGCUUGCUCCACAACAGAUGUAGCAGCCCACAAAAAAUAUUGGUCAAUUUUAGUUACACUCUUGUAAUUUACCAUUGCUGUCAGCAGCAGCAGCUGCAGCAAUUGUAUUUUAUAUUUUGGUUAAAUAAUGCUAAAAUAAAACUCGGACUCUUAUUAUGGCACAAUGCAAUGCAAUAGCCUAUAAUAUAAGCAAAAGUAUUAUAACUAGAAAAUUGUAUCACACAGUGGUAUAAAUAAUAAA